GCCUUGUCAUUUUCCUAUCCCUUCCCAGCAGACCAGGAGGAUUGAUGGAGCGAUAUUGCAAUCUAACACUGCAGAUAUGCUGUACGACGUUACUGUGUACCAUGACGACAAAUUCAUUGCCCGCUCAUGUUAAUGACCUAUCCGCUCGUCCCUUACCCAAGGGGCACGCAGGGGCGAGGCACGGGUACUUGUGCACGCCCAAUCAUGGAGGUACGUCCAAUGGUCUUUUCCAUACAUCCACCCUCCUUGUCCCGUCAAAGCCCGUAGUAGUCUUCCUUGUAUCCAUCUAGGCGCGGAAAUCAAAAGCCCCCGCAGCCAAAAACAACCUCUCUUUCCCAUCUACUUGCCAAAAAAAACGCCUCGCUGUGAAG